AUGGCGAAUACCAUUCUCGAUCUUUUCUACUCUUUAUCAAAUUGCCUGUUCUGUUUUCCGGGCAGUCCGCAGUUAAAGAUCAAUAGCCGAAGCUUUCGCAUGCUGAGACUGCUAGGCGAGGGUGGCUUCUCUUACGUCUAUCUUGUCCAAGACACCGCCGACUCCUCGUUGUACGCACUCAAGAAGAUCCGAUGUCCCUUCGGCCAGGAAUCUGUGUCGCAGGCACUCAAGGAAGUCGAAGCCUACACCCUGUUCGCACCGCACCCCAACAUCAUCAACAGCGUUGACCACGCCGUGCAAACCGACAAGAAUGCGACCGUAUCCGGGAUCGGAAAUGAUGGCAGCGCAGGGGGUGGCGCUAGCAAAACAGUUUACAUCCUCCUACCCUACUACCGCCGAGGGAAUCUCCAAGACAUGAUCAACGCCAACCUGGUCAACCACACCCGCUUUGGCGAGCGCAGACUGAUGCAAUUGAUGCUGGGCGUCUGCAAAGCCCUGAAAGCCAUGCACCAAUAUCACAUCCGCAACAACCAGUCCCGCAACGCCGCACAAGCCAUCCGCAACGAGGCCGCCCACGAGGACGCCGAUGCGCGCCGGAAAGCUCGCGCCGGUCCCAACCGCUCCAUGACGGCUGACCAAACACACCAGGAAGAGCUAGCGGACGAACAAGAACAGCCUUUGAUGCCAGACGACGAAGUCACGCGCACCCAAGAGGGCAAGAACCCGGGCGACGAGCGUGCCUACGCCCAUCGAGAUAUCAAGCCUGGAAACAUAAUGAUCGACGACGACGGGCGGGUGCCAAUACUGAUGGACCUGGGCAGUUUAGCCCCUUCACCGAUACCCAUCACGAGCCGUAGCCAAGCAAUCGCCGUGCAAGACAUCGCCGCCGAACACUGCACCAUGCCGUACCGCGCCCCCGAGCUCUUCGACGUCAAGACAGGGAGUGUCAUUGACACAAAGGUCGACAUCUGGUCCCUAGGCUGCACCAUGUACGCAUGCCUAGUGGGCAAGUCGCCAUUUGAAGCACGCUCGGACGAGACCGGAGGCAGCUUGUCGAUCUGCGUGUUGGGAGGUGACUGGCGUUGGCCCGGCGAGGGCAAUGCGACCAAGGGCAAAGACAGAGCCCACCCGCCCUCGCGGUCCGGGACACAGGUGAACGGAGAUAUCAACCCCACGACAAACAAGCCGUCGGGCGAGAGGGUAUACCCGCACCCAGCUGCGCGAGAAAUCGUGCGCCGAUGCCUCCAGGUCGAGCCGUCGGAACGCCCUGAUGUCGACGAGCUGAUGACCCUGAUCGACAGCGCUCUGUCCGAGCUGCCCGAAGAUGAUGAAGGUGGGCCCGUGGAUGACGUCGUCUAG